GCGGCGACUGGCCGCAGUCUCAGUCCCGAGCCCGAUCGUGGAGUUAUCGUUCCUCUCUCUUGGCCCCCGGAGCCAGCGAGCCCAAAAUUUCCCGAGUGUGUGAAGCAGCGACAGCGUCCAGUGGCAGCAGCAGGAAGCGGCGAUCGCCAUCCGAUAAGUUACAUCGCAGCUCGGUCGCGUCUGUCCAACGGCACGCACGCGGAAUCACAAGCGCGCGCGCUUAAAUAAACGCGUUCGCCGACUCACGAACGGCCACCGCACGUCCGGACACCGGAGGGAGGAGGGCGUAUUGUGUGAUCCGCUGGAGACUGUCAACCGUGUGAGAAAAGAUCAAACAAAAUGUCGGACCGAAAGGCAGUGAUCAAGAAUGCUGAUAUGUCGGAGGAGAUGCAGCAAGAUGCUGUUGACUGCGCUACUCAAGCUCUUGAAAAAUAUAACAUAGAAAAGGAUAUUGCGGCAUUUAUCAAGAAAGAGUUCGAUAAAAAGUACAACCCAACGUGGCAUUGCAUCGUAGGACGUAAUUUCGGCAGUUACGUGACGCACGAAACAAGACAUUUUAUCUAUUUUUAUCUUGGUCAGGUAGCCAUUCUCCUCUUUAAGAGCGGAUAAGCUCGCACCCCUUUCCACCUAAAACUCCAUCCUUCCUUUUUUCCUUCCUACCUCUCACCCUUCCUCCUUCCUCCUGUCCUUAUUCACUGCGCAAAACGCAUUUUAAAAUCACCACCAUGUGUAAAAGGAACUCCAUGUAUAUGUAUACAUUAAAAAAUUUAUUUUAAAAAAGUAACGCAUGCGCCCAAUAAGCAAGUAAAGGAGAAAUAUCAAUGUUUCCAACUUGGUAUGUUGUUCAUCGUUAUUAUAAGCGGAGAGAUAAACGCGGAAGAAAUUCUAGCGCCCCUGUGGGGUAGGAAGAUAAAACCGGCGGGAGAGCGGGGAGGGGGAGACAAACAAAAAAAGGAAGACGAAGAUGUGACAUACAACCUUACAUGUUAAAAUGUAUUUUGUAUGCCAAGAAGUUUGUUGUGUUCUUGUUUUAUAUUAUUAGGUAAAUAACGCAAGGAUAUAUGGUUGAGUUCAGUACUGGCGAUUUUAAUAAAUUAGCAAAUUUUAUCACGAUUGUUUGAUAUGAUAGUGUUCAGGAAACAUUCUAAAUACACUCUACACGCGCUCUACAUUCGCGUUAGGUGGGAUGAUUUGGUCGUAGCUCCGCUCGAGUCUACGCGAGAGAGGAAACGGAAAAGAGAAUCGAAAGUGUAUGGUAUAUUCGUAUAAGCUAAAUCGCCAAUAAUGAAUGUAAGCCCAAGCGAGAUCUAUUUUGCCCUCUGUUAUUUUAUAUUAAUUGGAAAAAAAACCGUCGUCGCAUCUCUUGCGUGUUCUGCGUACCGACUAAGAAUCUGAUUUCGUAUAUUUUUCCCAGCGGUUGACAUAUUUUUUUUUUGUUAGAUUAAGAAAUUUCGCAGCGAUUGAAAAACGAAAACAAGGAAAAAAAAGAAAAGCGCUUAAUUUCUCUCUGUCUCGGCGUACGAUACCACCAUCGUGCACGUAAUAGUCUAUUAAUAACAACUUUAUUUCGAUCGAUAUAAAACUAACAUGCUAUUGAAUAACGAUAACUGACUCGUUCAUUGCUACCUUCACAAUUUUUAUAUCGUGCACACGGACUAUUAACAGCAAACAAAA